AUGGGACAGAAUUUUGUAAUACACAGUGUGAUAGCUUGUUGGCUUCUUAUGGUAUUAUUCAUCAAGCUAGUACCAUAUACACCACAGCAAAAUGACACUGUGGUAAGAAAGCACAGACACAUUUUAGAGGUGGCCAGAGCACUCAAGUUUCAAAGUGGAGUUCCUAUAAGGUUUUGGGGUGAUUGUGUUAAGACUGCAGUAUAUGUGAUCAAUAGACUGCCUACGCCAGUUCUGGAGGGAAGAACUCCCUAUGAGCUGUUAUAUGGCAAAGAACCUAAGGUUGAUUACCUGAGGGUGUUUGGUUAUCAAUGUCAUGCAACAAACUUGCCUAGGGGAGAUAAGAUUGCACCUAGGGCUAGGAAGGUUGUAUUUAUUGGGGAUGUGGUGUUUCAAGAGGGCAGAUUUCCUUUCAAGAAUAUAGGAGUUGAAGCUGAUGAUAUGUUUCACCAGCUGCCUAUCUCACCAGAAGAGCGCAUUCCUGCUUCAACGCCUAUACAAGUUGUAACUCAAGAAGACACUGGUUCAUCUAUGAAUCAGGAUGACAUUGAUUUCCCAGAAAAUGAUCAUGCCUCUGCAGACGUGGAACAAGAAGAAGUAGCCCCAAUCCUUGCACCACUAGAGUAUAUGGACCUGAUGGAUACUCCAGAUUCAGCAUUAAAAGAGGGGUCAGAGGAAGCUCUCCCUGUUGAGCCUGUUGUUAAGCAAGCGCAUGCACCAAUAACAACAAACUUACCUACACAACCUGUUCAAAGAGAACCCAGAAAGACAAAUCCUCCCAUAUGGAUGAAGGACUAUGUGACUACUACAAGCUGUCUGGGAACUGCCGGUUUCCAAUUUCCAAUCGUGUCAGGUAUGACCAUCUUACCACAGCAUAUCAAGCUUAUUUACAAGCUUUCUCAAUUCUUGUGGAACCUAAAUCCUUCAAAAAGGCAGCACAGGAUCCAUAAUGGAUAA